AACGUGGCCCAGUUCUACCGGGGGGUCUGUUUGGGCAAUUCCGCGGGGAGCUCUGGUGGGGCUGCCUACGCCAACAAUGUGUUGGUCAACAACAGCGUCUUUGACGGCAACCAGUGCGGUACCAAUGGGGGGGCCAUCUACUCGGGCGAAAGCCUGGACGCCACUCUGGGCCACUUUGCAGAUAACUUGGGUAUGGCUAGGCCGUAUGCUCAUACACAUGCUCAAGGCAGUGAGUGGUAUGGUAUGGUGUUUUAG